AUGAGUCCAUCCUCGACGAAGCCCCAAUUCCUUCGCUCUCUCCAGUCCACCUCCUCCCUCAAGCCGGCAAAGGACAAGCCUCGACUCUAUAUCGUCCUCUAUCCGCGGAGUGCCUCGUCCACGAAUUCUUCCUUUCGCAACGCCCUCAGCUGCGACUCCUACCACUGGUCUAUCAUUGUCGGUCCUCAGACGGCUCGGCGAACUGACCAAGGAGUUCGCUAUCAUGUAGCUCAUCUCGACCACAACACUCACAAGCACUUCUACGAGGAGCAAGACAUCCCUUCGAACCCGAUUGCCCAAAGCGCGCUGGUUCGCGUCGCCGUGUGCAAGGUCACAGAUGAAGAGCGCCUUCACUCGAUUCUUCGAGAUCUCCCAAUCCCAGCCGACGACUCGGCAUUCAAUUGUCUCACCUGGGUCCGCGAAGCAUUCUGCAGACUCCACGAGGAUGGGAAGUCUAUAAAGAGUUAUCUCAACGCAGACGAUUGGCAAGCCGUGGAGACGUGCGCCCGGAAGUACUGCAAGCGGAAGAGAGAUGCGGGUAGGUUUCAAGAAGGUAACGCUCUUCUUAACAACAAUGGCGGCGACGCAGCCUGGAGUGUGGACAAGAUCAGUACCUUCAAUUUCUGGGAAAAUCGUGAGACGACUGCCUAG